AUGAAUGGCCAGGACUCUACCCCGGAAAUCGCUCAGCUGCUGCGAACAGUCGAGGACCUUCGAUCGAGCGUCGACAAGCUCACGCAUGAAUCCGAAAUCAAGAAGCUUCAUCACAAGUAUGGAUACUACUUAGACAAAUGCUUGUAUCAAGAGGUCGCCGAAUUGUUCUCCAACCACCCUGAAGCCUACGUCCAGUUUCUCAAUGGCCGUUUCAAUGGCAAGCAAUCCAUUGAACGGCUUUACGUCGGCCGCUUCGCCAAGCACUUUGUUGCAGGCCGCAAUGGCCCGAUCGAGGGAUGGCUCCUGGAUCACCUCAUGGCCCAGGAUAUUGUGGACUUCCAGCCGGGUUCCAAUCGAGCCAAAGCCCGCUUUCGCACCCUGAUGAGUGCGGGAACUCACGAGUCAAUGUCCCAAGACUACCCAGGAGGGCAUCGCCAAUGGUGGGAGGGCGGUGUUUACGAGAAUGAAUACAUUAGGGAGGAUGGCGUGUGGAAAAUUUUCCGCCUGAGGUACUGGCCCUUCUGGCACGGCGCAUUUUCGAAGGGCUGGCAGCACUGCAACAACUUUGUACCAUUGUACAAGGAAACCUACCCAGCACUUGAAUGGGGCCCUGAUGAGAUUUUAGAAGAUGAGCGGCUCUGGCCAGACACGAGAGUGGUGCCAUUCCACUAUGCGCACCCGGUGACGGGUGAGGAGGUCACGGAGUCAAGCCUCAAGGCGCCGAAAUGGCGUGGCGACGAGGCGGAGGCAUUGCCAGCGAGGAAAAUCACGGAUUGGGACAUGUAG